AUGAACAUGAAUAACGUCAAUGAAGAAAAGGGAAAUAAUCCAUGUGUCUUUACUUCAAGUUCGAGCGACAUCGUCAUAAGUAUCAAAGAGUUAUUAUUGGAAAAUAUAUCAAAUCUUACUCGAUUUAAAAAUAUCGAUAGAAAUUCCAUAAAUUGUGAAAACAAUUCAUCAAGUUCCACCCAAAAUUUAUCUACUAGAAAUUCCUUCGAAUCACUGUGGGAUCAUAUCUACAAUAAAAUUGCUGAUAAAUUAAUUGCUGAUAUAAUUAAAAAGCACAAUAAGGGAAUCUCAUUUGAUCAGGUUAAACAAAUCAUCAAUCAACAAGUACCCCAAUUUUAUCAAAAUAAGCUCAUAGAUUGGCUUAUACGAAACCAAUCUAAAGCAGCACAAUAUAUUUGGUUACUUGAAGCAUCAAAAGAAAAUUAUUCCAUGGCUCAAGUUUAUCUUGCUAAAUGUUAUAAUGAUGGAUAUGGAACCGAAUGUAAUAAAAGGCGAGCUUUUGUAUACUACGAAAAAUCUGUAGAGAAUGGAAGUACUAUUGGGAAAUUUUAUUUAGGACAAUGCUAUGAAUAUGGUAUUGGAACUAAAAAAGAUAAGCAGAAAUCGAUUUUUUGGUAUGAAAAGGCAGCAAAUUGUAAAAAUGUAAUUGCAAAAUUUUAUCUUGCAGAAUGUUACAGAUUAGGAAAGGGAGUUGAGAAGGAUGAAAGUAAAGCAUUUGAGUAUUAUGAAGAUUUGGCCAAAAAUAAAAUCGUAGAUGCACAAUUACAACUUGCUAAUUUUUUUUACUAUGGAAUUGGAACUAAAAUAAAUAAAGAACAAGCAUAUGACUGGUAUACAAAAGCAGCAAUGAAUGGAGAUAUUGUUGCGAAAUAUUUUCUUAAAAAGAAUUAUGAUAAAGACAUAUUGGAAGAAAAUGAAGUGGUUAAUAGAUUUAAAGGAUUAGGAUUAGCAGCAGAGAAUGAAAAUGAAAUUGCACAAACCAAUCUUGGAAUUUUAUACGAAAAAAACGAAAGAAUAGAAAAAAAUUUAGAAAAAGCCAUUUAUUGGUAUAAUAAAGCAUCAGAAAAUGGAUGUAUUGAAGCUCAAAUUAACCUUGGUAAUUUAUACGAAAAAUUUGAAGGAAUAGAAAAGAACUUAGAAGGAGCUAUAUACGAAGCAGCAGCAAAUGAUAAUCUUGAAAUUUUACAAUUUUAA